AGAAAGAACCGAAGGCGACGCAGCCGCAGACCUUCCGCAGUCUGCUGUUCAUCCCAACAUGGCUGACGAAACGGCUAAGGCGCAAGUCGCCCAGCCGGGUGGAGACACGAUAUUUGGAAAAAUAGUCCGCAAAGAGAUUCCUGUCAACUUCAUCUAUGAAGAUGAUCAGUGUGUGGCCUUCCCUGACAUUUCGCCACAAGCUCCUACUCACAUCCUAGUCGUCCCUAAAAAGCCAAUUAUUCAGCUGUCACAGGCCGAGGAAAGCGAUGCUGCAUUGUUGGGCCACAUGAUGAUCGUCGCAAAAAAGGUCGCUCAAGAUGCAGGCCUGUCUAAAGGAUACAGAAUCGUCGUCAACGACGGACCUGAUGGAGGCCAGUCUGUCUACCACAUCCACAUCCACGUCCUCGGUGGACGCUGUAUGGGCUGGCCCCCCGGCUAACCUCUUGUCUUCCUGCACAGUCCGACCUGCCAUACGUGUUCACGUCUCAAAUCUGAUAUCCUGUACUGUUAAAUCUAUGCUAAAUUCAUUUGUCAUGUGUGACAAGAGUCAAAACAAAACCUUGGAGUUCAUCUGUGGUAAUAAAGUUCACAACAGUUGA